AGGAAGUGCUCGACCAAACUUAUUUUUGGCUCUACGUGCUGUCGCCACUGUCUAUGGCUGUCGCUGACUUAAGUUCUGUCUUAGUCUGCUCCGAGGUUCAAAAUAGUUUUAUGUGAAUUACGUAUUGGUAUAGCCUAUGGUAUUCUGGUCAGACGGCAAGUGUGUUUAGUUGGUCGAAUAUGCGGACGCAGACAGUUAUGUCGGACAGAAAUAGGAACUGCAUUUUAGCCCACCUCACACUAUCGUUACAUAUCGGCACAUAAGAAUAUCUGCAUUCACAUUGCCGGCUGUGUUUAUUUUUCACUCCCACAAUUUGUUUCAGUAAAUAGCCUAUUAUUUAUGAAGGAUUCUUUUUGGAAAAUUAAGGCAUGUCAUCCCAACACAUUAUUUUGCUGCGGCGGCCGCUACCUCCAAAAAAGCUGCCUCCCAUUAAACCUCCACUGUCUCAAUCUAUCUCUGGCUCUACUUCAGGACAGGAGUCAGAUUAUCCUGAGAGGAGUUGUCCCAGUUCCUCUGCUGUUGCAUCAUGGGAAGGCAGCGCUGAUCCCCAGCCUUCUGCCAUUCCGCAGCCCACCCCUGUCACACCGUCAGACCCACCGCCCUCCCCCUCGCCCCCCACCCCCCCCGCCCCCCCCAGGAUAUUCCCCCAUUUCCACUGCCGCCCCGCGCGGAUUCUACCCACAAUCCCCCUGCUGUCUCUGCUCCCGGAGCACGCACGCUACGCGCCACUGCCCCCGCCCUUCCUGCUCAACGACUUCCUGCUGCAGCUGGGACGUGGCCAAUCACACGGGGGCUCCAGGAGGAGGCGGGUCUCUGUCUACCACUACAGGAAGCUGGUGGAGCACUUCCUGUUUGACCUGCACAGCAGCAGACAGACAGAGGUGGCCAAUCAGAUUCUCUCCUCCGAACAGAUUCCGCCCACCAAGCGCAGAGUGCCUCAGAGACAAAUGCUGUGCGAGCUGGAGGCUUUGAUUCGUAUGGAGUAUCAGGUGCAGUCUUUGAGAAGUGUGUGUGAGUGUGACACACGUUCCCAGUCCAAGCAGCCGACUGCGGAGGAGUGGACGCCACAGGACACACACAACAACGACGUCACAUGUUACCCAGGAAGUGAGGUCAUCCUGAACUCAGCGAGCACAAAGCACUUCCAGGGCGUGAGGCGCUCCUGCUCGCCGUUUGAGCCGGCGGGGGGGUGGGGGGGGGUCAGCGCCUCUCAGCUCGCCAUCCUGGACUGCCUCCACCAGCGCGCCAACACACUCAGCCUCAAGGCCCACUUCAUCACCCAGCUUCCUGAUCUGUCUGUACUGGCUGACACUCUGGUUUAUCUUAACCUGUCCUUCAACAACCUCUCUGAGUUUCCCUUGGAGCUGUGUUCUCUGCGGUGUCUGCAGCAGUUGAAGAUGAGGGACAACCCCCUGCAGCUCCUCCCCCCUCAGAUCCGCACCCUGACCAGCCUACGCACCCUGGUGCUGUCCUUCUGCAGGCUACUGCAGCUGCCCAAUGAGUUGUAUUCCCUUCCUUGUCUACAGCACCUGGAUGUCUCUUAUAACCUGCUGACUUUCCUCAGUAGCAGCAUCAGAAACCUCAGGUCUCUGCGCUCUCUGAAUGUGGAGGGGAACCAGCUGCUGGGUCUGCCGGCGGGUGUGUUGCGUCUGUCGCUGGACCAGCUGCGUCUCUCCCUGAACUACACACACCCCGCGCUCUGGAACACACACUCAUCUAUACACACACACACACACACACUGUUGUGGAACACGCAUCUCAGCCCGCAGCGGCUGGAACACACUGCUGCACGCGCACUCACACUCACACACCUCAACCAACACACACUACCAACACAGGCACAGCAACUUCUCAGCAGAGUGUGUGUGUGUGAGUGUUGUCGUGGGCCCAAGUUCGGCGAGGGCCUGCGUCUGAUUCGGCCCUGUUCCGAGCUCUUUGGUGUUGCCAUGGUACCGUUGGUGUUCUACGCCUGCAGCCCCUCCUGCCAUAGAACCUUCCAGAACCAAACGGAGAACCUCACUGAGCUACUGUACCAGGAUUGAUAGGCACACACACUCUCACACACACACACACACACACACACUGUCACACACACACAUACACACACACACACACACACACACACACUCACCACACACACACUCACCACACACACACAUAAACACUCACACACACAUACACACACACACAUAAAAACAAACACUCAUACUGACACACACACACAGCCAAAUUAUGUUUACGUGAUGAUGAUGCUAAAUCUCUAACUACUAACGCAGUUCCCACCACUCCAUUAAAAACUCAUGUUACUGUACCUCA